AUGUCCGCAGCAGAGGCAACACACACAGAGAAGGCGGCGGCUGUGGACGAGGACGCCAAAGCCACGUCUGCGAUGACGUCGUCGAAGGAGGCGUCUGGAAAGACCCUGUUGCCAUUGAGUCUCACACCGGCGGAGAGGCACGGUCUGCUCAUGGUAGUGGCUGUGGCGCUGCUUCAAGAGGUGCACUCCAAUGUGGUCUGUGGGGCCCUGGUUGGUGCGGCGUCUGCUGCCAUCGUCUACAACCAGCUUAUCCGUCUGCGCAGGAGUCCGUAG